CUGAUCCAUUUCCCAUACGGUACAAAAGUGCGAUUCAUUUUAUCGUGAGGAUUAUUGUAGAAAUGAAGUUUGCUUUGUGUUUUGUCUUGUGCUUCAUUGUACACUGCUCAGCAAUAGAGCGGGAAGCCCACUGUAACCAAAUAUGUCCCCGCAUUUAUCGACCCAUUUGUGGAUCUGAUGGAAACACGUAUGCCAAUGACUGCCUACUGAGAGUACACAAUUGUCUGAAUGACGAUAACGUGGUAGUGGCGUACGACGGGCCGUGCGUCGUCCCCAGCAGCACCGUACCCCCGGACAUGAGCGUCGGAUAAACGAUUGUACAAUAGUCCUGUGAUAUUCUAAUACAGAUGCAAUAAAACCGUUCAGCAUCAUUUGUUCA